AUGGCUAUUUUACCCGAAAUCAAGCUCGAGGAUGGCAAUUCCGUCCCAGUGCUCGGCUACGGAACUGGAACCGCGUGGUACAAGAAACCUGGCGACACAGGUAUUGACAGGCAACUGGUCGACUCGAUAAAGGAAGCAAUUAGUUUGGGGUAUAUCCACAUCGACGGUGCAGAAGUAUACGGAACAGAAAGUGAAAUUGGAAUCGCUAUCAAGGAAAGCGGCGUUGCGCGAGAUAGGCUCUUCGUCACAACUAAGGUUAUCGACAACAUUGGCGACAUUCCCAAUGCCAUUGAUACGAGCUUGAAAAAGCUUGGGCUUGAUUAUGUGGAUCUGUACCUAAUCCACAACCCAUUCUUCGCCAAAUCCGACAAAGACCUCCAAGAUGCAUGGGCUGAGAUGGAGAAGGUCAAAGAAGCGGGCAAAGCGCGGUCCAUCGGCGUCUCGAACUUCCGCCAGCAUGAACUCGAAGCAGUGCUGAAGACGGCAAGAAUCACCCCAGCCAUCAAUCAAAUCGAAUAUCAUCCAUACUUGCAGCACGGCGGCUUGGUACCCUUCCAGGAAGGAAAGGGUAUCAGAACCAGUGCGUACACCCCGCUCACGCCGGUGACAAGAGCUAAAGGCGGGCCGCUCGACGAUAUCCUAGCUGGACUUGCUAAGAAGUAUGCGGUUACUGAGGGGGAAGUUUUGCUGCGGUGGUGUAUUGAUCGCGGUGCUGUCACCAUCACCACGAGUAGUAAAAAGUCUCGAUUGACAUGCUACCUACGCGCACUCCAAUUCCGUUUAACCCCAGCAGAGAUUGAGGAGAUCUCAAGAGUUGGAGAGGAGAAGCAUUUCCGGGCGUUUUUCAAUCAAAAAUUUGCUCCUGACGAUCGAUCGUGA